GAACUCUAUAAUUUGUCUUAACUGUACUACGUGUUAUAUAACUGUCCACCUUUCAUCCUCUCCAAGCAACCACUCGUUCGUUUGUGUCUGCUUUUGCUACUUUGCCUGGUAUAGAAAUGAGUCCAAAGAAAUGGUUUAAGAUGAUCAUUAAAUUGAAGAAACCGAAGAUAGAUAAAUCGAAACAAGAAAAGGUGCAAUCUAGCCCUGAAAAAUCAAAUGAGUCCUUUGAGGAGAAACAAGAAGAUAUUAAUGAAGAGUCAAGUAGCAUUCCAAGUGAGUGUUUAGUGGUAGAAAGGAUAGAAAGGACAGUUCCCACGAGGUUGAUAGAAGAUACUGCUGCUACUCGGAUUCAAAAUGCAUUUCGUGCAUUUCUGGCAAGAAGAACAUUGCACCAUCUAAGGGGAGCAGUGAAAUUUGAGGCUUUGAUUCAAGAUCACAUGGCCAGAGAACAAACAGUAACUGCGCUAAACUACAUACAUUCUUGGAGCAGAAUUCAGGAUCAGAUUAAGGCUCGCAGACUCUACAUGAUAACAGAAGCCAGGAUUAAGCAAAAGAAACUGGAGAACCAGUUAAAACUUGAGGCCAAGAUUCAUGAGCUCCAGGUGGAAUGGUGUGGAGGUUCUGAAACAAUGGAAGAGAUACUUUCGAGGAUACAUCAGAGAGAAGAAGCAGCAGUCAAACGAGAGAGAGCUAUGGCAUAUGCCUUCUCUCAUCAGUGGAGGCCCAACUGCAGCCAGUAUUUGGGCCAGGCUACGUACAGCGUUGGCAAGGAAAGCUGGGGUUGGAGCUGGCAGGAGAGGUGGGUCGCAGCCCGUCCUUGGGAAAUCCGGGUCCGUUUUCAGGGCCCCAUGACAAAGAAAACCAAUGGCCAGCCACAGAGAAGCAAAGUAGACAAAAAAGACCAAAAUGAUAGCAAAUUGCCCUUGUCUGAGUCUGAGUUGUCAAACGGAAAGGAAACUGAGAAAGUGAAAGAAAACAACAUUCCAGGGCUGUCUAAGAACAAUCUAGCCAAAUGAACCACGCUGUCACCUGUGUCAUCUGUGGUGAUCAAUCAAUUGCCUGACGUGUCCCUUGUAUGGCACCUUUUGUUCAUCCAAUUAUUUUUCCUUCACUUUAGCAUACAUAUUUGGUUUCAAGAAAAUAUAUAUCGUCUGGUGUGUACAUACAAUACAUUGAAUUAGGAGACUUGUAAAUGUCAUCUGUAUUUGCAUGAUCCGUUAGAAACAUGCAUGAUUUUGCAUCUUUCCAAUCCCUUGAGUUCCUAUUUUCUAAUGGUUGAAACUUAAGAAUAGUGUUGGAUUUCUGGUUAGCUUAGUUAUAAUUUGGUUUUCGCUUUACUCAAUCAGGAUUUACUAGUUUUAGUAUUUAAACACUUAUUGUAAACAUUUUUAAUGAGUGAAAAAUUGAGUUCCUGUGCAUA